ACAGCUUCCGCAGGGCCGCGACGGCCGCGCGGUCACGGCCCCUUUAAGCCUGAGCCCCGCCCCUGGCUCUCCGCCCCCUCCUCUCCCGUCUCCCUCCAGCCCGCACCAGGUGUCCCCGCAGGUCGUGCGGCUCCGCGCGCCGCGAGAGCCGGCGGUCACCAUGGCAAUGCGGGAGCUGGUGGAGGCGGAAUGCGGGGGUGCCAACCCGCUCAUGAAGCUGGCCGGGCACUUCACCCAGGACAAGGCCCUUCGGCAGGAGGGAUUGAGGCCGGGCCCCUGGCCCCCAGGAGCCCCAGUCUCUGAGGCGGUCUCUAAGCCUUUGGGUGUAGCUUCUGAAGAUGAGUUGGUGGCCGAAUUCCUCCAGGAUCAGAAUGCACCACUUGUAUCCCGUGCCCCUCAGACCUUCAAGAUGGAUGACCUCCUGGCAGAGAUGCAGGAGAUUGAACAGUCAAACUUCCGCCAAGCACCCCAGAGAGCCCCUGGUGUGGCAGACUUGGCCUUGUCUGAGAACUGGGCCCAGGAGUUUCUUGCAGCUGGAGAUGCUGUGGAUGUAACUCAGGAUUAUAAUGAGACUGACUGGUCCCAAGAGUUCAUCUCUGAGGUUACAGACCCUUUGUCUGUGUCCCCCGCCCGCUGGGCGGAGGAGUAUCUGGAGCAGUCAGAGGAGAAGCUGUGGCUGGGAGAGCCCGAGGGAACGGCCGCUGCCGACCGCUGGUAUGACGAAUAUCAUCCCGAGGAGGACCUGCAGCACACAGCCAGUGACUUCGUGGCCAAGGUGGAUGACCCCAAAUUGGCUAACUCGGAGUUCCUGAAAUUCGUGCGGCAGAUUGGCGAGGGCCAGGUGUCCCUGGAGUCCGGUGCAGGGUCGGGCCGAGCUCAGGCAGAGCAGUGGGCAGCAGAGUUUAUUCAGCAGCAGGGUACAUCAGAUGCCUGGGUUGACCAGUUCACAAGACCAGUAAACACAUCUGCCCUUGAAAUGGAAUUUGAACGAGCCAAGUCAGCUAUAGAGUCCGAUGUCGAUUUCUGGGACAAGCUGCAGGCGGAGUUGGAGGAGAUGGCUAAACGGGAUGCUGAGGCCCACCCCUGGCUUUCUGACUACGAUGACCUUGUGUCUGCUUCCUACGAUAAGGGGUACCACUUUGAGGAGGAGAACCCGCUGCGCGACCACCCGCAGCCUUUCGAGGAAGGGCUGCGACGCCUCCAGGAGGGCGACCUGCCUAACGCUGCGCUGCUGUUCGAGGCGGCCGUGCAGCAGGACCCGAAGCACACACAAGCCUGGCAGUAUCUGGGGACCACCCAGGCAGAGAACGAGCAAGAGCUGUUAGCCAUCAGCGCGCUGCGGAAGUGCCUGGAGCUACAGCCAGAUAACCGGACAGCACUGAUGGCACUGGCUGUCAGCUUCACCAACGAGUCCCUGCAGCGACAGGCCUGUGAAACCCUGCGGGACUGGCUGCGCUACACGCCGGCCUAUGCCCACCUGGUGGCGCCCAGUGAAGAAGGGGCCAGCGGGGCGGGACUGGGCCCCAGCAAGCGCAUCCUGGGAUCUCUGUUGUCCGACUCCCUGUUUCUCGAAGUGAAGGAGCUCUUCCUGGCAGCUGUGCGCCUGGACCCUUCAUCCAUUGACGCCGACGUGCAGUGUGGCCUGGGAGUCCUUUUCAACCUGAGUGGGGAGUAUGACAAGGCAGUGGACUGCUUCACAGCCGCCCUCAGCGUUCGUCCCAACGACUACUUGCUGUGGAAUAAGCUCGGGGCCACCCUGGCCAACGGAAACCAGAGCGAAGAGGCAGUGGCUGCAUACCGUCGGGCCCUGGAACUGCAGCCUGGCUACAUCCGGUCCCGCUACAACCUGGGCAUCAGCUGCAUCAACCUGGGGGCCCACCGGGAGGCUGUGGAGCACUUCUUGGAGGCCCUGAACAUGCAGAGGAAAAGCCGGGGCCCUCGGGGCGAGGGGGGCGCCAUGUCGGAGAACAUCUGGAGCACGCUGCGCCUGGCCUUGUCCAUGCUGGGCCAGAGCGACGCCUACGGGGCGGCCGACGCCCGGGACCUGCCCGCCCUCCUGGCCAUGUUCGGCCUGGCCCAGUGACAGUGGGACGGGCUGCCCUGCGAGUGUCUGCUAGGAGGGGUCCCCGCUCUGGAUGUGAUUCCCUCUCCCCAAAAGGGCCUACCAAGGGGGUGGGCUGAUGACCACAAGCGGUACGGCCUCUCGGGCGCUGCCUUGAUGUAGGGGCAGGCGGUGUUCUCGUUCCUGCAUAAUCGCAGGAGGACGCGCGGUGGGUCUCUGAGUCCCUUGGUAAUUCAAGGGCUGCGCAUCCGGCUACAGAUCUCUCUGCUCAUCGUGCCCUUUCUGGUGCUGCUUUUUGGGUAGGACCCAGAGAGAUAGGGUAACUGUUGUCAUCAGCUGCCAUUUCUCGUCGGGUCUGCCACCCGUCACACCUGUCCUUUCCCCGCUUUUACUGGGAGUUGGUACCAGUGCAGCUGGCUUGGGCAGUGGUGUGUGGCGGGUCCUGUGGAGCAGCUCUGUGAUGACUGUAUCUGGGUGGGGUGUGUGAGGGGCUGGCUUGUUUGAUUUAAAUGUUGAUUUGCUCAGCAGCGCUGAGUUUUGUAGGGGUGCUCGUAGUUCUGUCACUCUGGGACCUCUCCCGGCUGUAGCUCGGAUUCCCUGGAUACGAGGCUGCACGCAGUGAUGCUGGCCUCAUUCCCGGGGAGCAGAGGGUCCUCAGGAGCUGAGGGGUCAGUGUGUGGGGUGGAGGGCGGCUCACUGUGGAAUGAAUCCAGAGAGGACCAGGCGGGCUCAGGUCCAGGGCUCCGGUCUGGGCCCUGUGGUGGGAGCACAGAGCCCUUGGGGCGAGGAUGUCGUGAGGGCAGCCACCCCCCUCCCCUUAGAAGGACCUGCGAGUAGGACCUGAGCUCAGUCUUCUGGAACGUUGCUUCAGAAAUUGCCAUCUUGCCAAAUUCCUAGCAAAGAGGGGGUUCAGUGUUACCUUGAGCCUUUGCCGUGCUGCUGGGAAUGUUUCUAAGGGAGAAGGGGGAAACCCCUCCCUGCAUCACCUCCACAAGGCGAAGACAGAGGGAGAUGCGGGAGCAGCGGGGGUUCUGCUGGGGGGGGCGCCCUCACCGCGGAGACGACUGAGGUGGCCGCUGAGCCUCUUGCCUUUUCUUCAGUAGCUAAUGAUCAGAGAGAUUGUUUUUAAACUGCCAUGGUCCCAAGGUUCCAUCCUGAAAUUUAUUUUUCUUUGUAUGAAUAUGUGUAAAUGAUUUAAAAAUAAAACUAUAAAAUAUU